AGAGGAAGUAAGCAUCGGCCGAAGUAGGAGACAGUACUAGUAUAAGAUAAGGGAGUGCUUCAGUCUCAGUUGACUCGUGAAGUCAGCAAAUGUCCAACGAUCCCCCAUCUCCUGCAUCCUCUCCACUUUCUUACCUUGAGCUCGUCAAGAUAUGCGACAAUUUUCGCCUACCACCUAACUACGGAUCUACUGAUGUCUUUCAGAAGCCUUCCGAUACAGAUUCCUUCGUCCCGUGGACACUAACACAGUCUUCGGGAAGUCCUGCUGUCGGGCUCUUGAGGCUCGACGUAGUAGAUCUCCUUCGAAAGGAAAAACCUGGAACGUGGGUCAUUCCAGAACCUCAGGCGGGGCACCGCGUCAGCUUUGACGCGUCAGUCAACACUCCGAGAAAGCGCGUUGCAGUGCUGAAAGAGCUCUGUGAGCGCUGGCGCGACAUUGGUGCAUUCCCUGCGAGCAUCGGACCGCGGAAAUGGCGGAACGAGAUGUACCCUGUGUACCGGAAUCCCUUUGGCGUGCACGAGCACUGUCCUGAGGAUGAUUCCGAUGAGGGAAACUACGCCUUUGAGAUGGAGCGCGCUGCGUGUGCUCUUUUUGGUGUCGUCACGUAUGGGAUACAUAUGACUAUCUAUCAAGGGAUAGCCAGCAGCCCACAGGUGAAGAUUUGGGUCCCAACGAGGGCUAAGACAAAGCAGACGUGGCCGAGCUGGCUAGACAAUAGUGUUGCUGGCGGGAUACCCAGCGGCAUGCCUAUCUUUGAGAGCCUUGUUAAGGAGUGCGAGGAGGAGGCCAGUAUGGAUACAGACAUCGUGAGGAACCAUGCGAAACAUGUCGGGGGGAUCAGUUAUUUCUUCAGGAACAGAAUGCACUUCCUGCAACCAGAGGUCGAAUACGUUUACGAUCUUGGGGUACCACCUGAUAUUUCGUUCCAGCCCUGCCCAUCAGACGGUGAGGUGGAGUCUUUUGAUUUGCUAUCCCUGGAUGAAGUGAAAUCAAAGAUGCGACAAGGACUCUUCAAGCCCAAUUGCGCUGCCGUUCUCAUCGACUUUUUUGUUCGACAUGGCCACUUAACGCCUGACGAUGAGCCCGAUUAUAUGGAGAUCGUCACGAGAUUACACGGCAGGUUUGAAUAUGAAAGAUGGUGUCAAUAGGUAUGAUAAACAAACGUUUGGCGUACCGUUACACAUACUUGUGCGUUGCUGUAACUCUGGGAGUGCGCUCGCGUAUUGUAUUCAAGCCUACAACCCUCGAGUUGGACUCGAGUAAUAGUAAUCACUUUGAAUCGUAACUACAUGAUAACAGUAUCUCAUAAACCACCGAUUUGAAGCCUUGUCGGCAGUAGGCUUGAAGCUGCUGUACCUGCUG